AAGUAUACGAAUGAAUGACAAACUUGACUCUGAUCUUGAGCUGUUGACAACCUAUGACAUGGUCCCAAAUCGCACAAAGAAUGUACCAUGCAAAUCGAGUCCCUCCUGAGUGUAAGUGAACCUACCAAUGCUGGGGGUUGUCUAUCCACUAGCAGCCUCGAAAAAUAAGUGAAUCAACAAUAUCCGCGGCACGUGGCGCCACAUGACACUGUUUAUAAUUACAAGCUUGUUGUCUUUGCUUGUUCAUCGUCGCGUAGCAUAGCCUUGACUUGCCCACGCACACCGCACCUGGUUAAUCUUAAAUUCGAAGAAAAUUUGCUCCGUGUUUGACUUCCUCCACCUUUCGAGUUUCGUAUCAACACAACGAUCAGCACCAACACAGAAGUCCGAUAGUUGAAGCUCGCAGAUACCGUGAUGGAGGCUAAGGACAACUCAAAAGGAGUUGUGACCGAGUCAAAGGGAAAAGAGACAGAAACAGUCGAUUUGACAGAGUCUCCUCCAAGGCCUUUGUCAGAGCCAAUCAAGAACUCAGUAUCGGGUCCCUCAAACGUUCGCAAGUGUACAAGUCCUCACACGCGUGUUCCAGCAAAACGACGAGUUGUCGUUGACCCAGAUUCCGAUCAUGAACAUGAGCGCCGCGUUGUUCUUUAUACACGUAGCCGUAGUGAAGAUUCUGAUGCAUCCGAUUAUUGGCCGCCUACGACAGGUGUUCGUCAGGAAGAGACGCGACUUGAAGAAGAGCAGCUCGAGGCUGACUACGAAAGAGAGACAGCCCCAGAGCCACAUAGGUCCUCAAGCAAUAUCGAUGCUUCUUCAGCUCGUCAGUAUCAGCCACCAGGACCGCAAGGUCGUGAUCCGCCUCUCAUCCGCGGCCUAUCAAUGGUAAGAUCCUUCGCUCCAACCAUGCCGGCACACGGAAAUCGUUUGAUGUCCUCGAGAAUGUUUGAUAUGCCUGGAUAUGCGAGCUACCCCCAGCAACAAUAUCACAGUGGUGGCGCGCCUUCGCUUCAAUCGUACCAGGACCAGCCACAGCCAUUGAUAUAUCCAGAGCCGAUGGGUUAUCCACAGCAGAUGACCUAUCCACAGCAGAUGACCUAUCCACAGCAGAUGACCUAUCCACAACAGAUGGCCUACCCACAACAGAUGGCCUACCCACAGCAGAUGGCCUACCCACAACAGACCGGGUAUCCACAACAGAUGGGAUAUCCGCAGCAGAUGCUUUAUCCACAGCAAACGGUGUACCCACAAUACACCGUCCAACCACAGGAGUUGGCACAACAGCUGCAAAUGGCCCAUCCACAGCACAUGACCUACCCGCAAUAUGUCAAUCCCAGGCAACUUGUCCAGCAACAGGCCAUCCCAGAGCAUGUUCUCCCACAGCAUGUUCUCCCACAGCAUGUACUUCCACAGCAUGUUCUUCCACAGCAGGUUCUUCCACAGCAGGUUCUCCCAAAGCAGGACGACCAGAAACAGGACGACCAGAAGCAGGUCAGCCAGAAGCAAGUCAACCAGAAGCAGGUCAACCAGAAGCACGUCAGCCAGAAGCACGUCAGCCAGAAGCACGUCAAACAGAAGCAGGUAAAACCAAAGCAGGUCGAACAGAAGCACGUGAACCAGAAGCAGGUAAAACCAAAGCAGGUCGAACAGAAUCAGGUGACUUCAAAGCCGGCCAAUCCAAAGGAAGCCAAUCCAAAGGAAGUCAAUCCAAAGGAAGCCAGACUGAAGCAGAGCUCUCAACAGCAGGUCAACCCUCAACAGCCUAGUCCUCAACAGGUCCACCAGGCAGAGCGAAGAGUACAGAGUGACCGCCAUCCUGCAACUGCAAAUACAGCUCUUCCCCUAGGAAGAUCAGCUCAUGUAGGUACGUCGCUGGCAUUGCGGCCAAAGUCAAAAAACCCAUCCACUGAGUUGAUUCAUCCGGCAGAGCCGACAUUACAACGUCCUGUCUCAGCUGUGGCUCUAUCUGGUCAAGCUCUUGAUUAUUUUGCUUUUCCGGAAGAUCCAUGGGCCUCGCUCGGUCCUUCGACAAGCGGUGAGUAUCCUCCAAUACCGCCAAAGCCUGUUCUACGAAAAGCUACACUCGCUGCGGUUCCUGAGCAGACUCCAAACAGGAUGGGCUUUUCAGGCUUCGCGCCAGAGAAAGGCAAGGAUAAAUCAUCAGAGGACUCAGCGAGUAGUGGUGGCGUUGCAACCAGUCGCUCUAAGAAGGUCUAUCAUGAGCCUAAGGGCACAACCUCAGAACAGAAACUCGACUCCAUUGUGCAAAGGCUUGUUGAUUCCGCUUCCAAGAGAGCUGAGCGUCCGCAGGCCCCUACUCCUGUAUCUGAGAAAGCCACGGCACCAUAUCCCGUAGCUACGAAGUCCCGCCUCCAAUUCUCAACCACUCCCAAACCGGCAACGAAGAUGCCCUAUACGCAUCUCCAAUAUAAGAAGGCAGCCGCCACACAUGCAGUAAUCGCCGCAAAGGCAGUGACCGCCGCAAAGGCAGUAGCCACCGCGUUCCCUACUUCUUCCAGCGCCUCUCUCCCUAGCUUCGACCAGCCUGCAGAUACCCUUCGAAACGAGGCCCGCACGCCUGACACUUUGGCUUCAAGUUCAGCAGUACAGGCCAACAUCCAGACCGACACAGCCUCAGCUGUUCGUCGCGUCCUCUCGGGACGCAAGGUUGACAAAUGGCUGUACACCAUGCGUCUCGCCAAUUUCAACGCCUCCGGCUCGCGCUGCAUCGGCCGCGAGAACGCAGACACAUGUCCAUGCGAGGAGUGCUGCGACUUGAUCCUAGCUAUCAAGGGUGACAUCGAGAUUUUGCUGGACCCGCCUAAGCAUGUGUACGAUCGUGGCCAUCCCGACCCUAAUGCCAGUAGUAGCAAUCCUGACGGCAAUCCAGAUGACCAUCUUGACGCUAGGGCUGAAGUCUAUCUCUCGCCAACCUCCAUGCGUUCCAUGCUCAUUCAUCAUUUCUCGUCACGCAUGCUCGAGGGUUCAUCCACUCUGAUGCUCUCGCCCGACGCGCCACUCAAUCGCGUGCACAGUGCCGUGCGCAGGCGUUUGGGCAUCGAGGACGCCUAUGUGGCGUGGUUGAACACCGGCCAGAAGUGGAAGAAGGGCCUGGCGUGGGCACCAGGUCGCAACUAUCUGGAGCGUUGUCGCCGCAAGCGCACUGAGUAUUUCGAGAGCGAGGUCGAGAAGAAAUGAGAGGAAAUGGAAGGUCGCAGUGUGAAGCGAGAUGUGUUCGUCACACUCGUCAGUCAAAACACAAAAAGCUUGUUUAUGUUUUCUUCCUUGCUUCCUUUUGCGGCCAUUUGCUUUGCAGAAUUGAGUCUUCACCGACUUGGACUAUCGCGCAUGUUUAUUCACUUACUCACUGGCUUCAACGGCCUGGUGCGUCGAGACACUACGUCUCACAUACUCACUGGCUUAACACGGCCUGGUGCGUCGAGGGCAUCACAUACAUGUCUCCCCUGCG